AGUAGGCAAUUUUUAUAACUCGACCUCUGGUCACACCGAAAGUGAAUCAGAAUGAAAUCAACGCAAACUAAUUGAUCGCGAAAACGGUACAAAAGAGCAGUUAAUUGCAGCAAUUUCACCUAUUCCAGCUGGCAAACUGUCCGAACUUUCGUCGCGCAACAGAAAAUACCUUUGUAGCACCUGCAGGGACACUGAAAACAUCGCGCCAAAGUGGACAACUCCCAGUUUUCAGAAGAGCAUCAUUUGCAGUCAAAGGAUCAUCCGGAUAGGAACGCAAGACUGAGGUGCAACAGAAUGUCUUCGCUGUCCGCAUCCGCGGAGAAUGUGUCCAGCCUUGGUCUGGGAGGAGGAGGCGGUGGCGGGGGCAACUCGCACGACGGAAACUCGCAGCAGGGAUCCGACGGGGGCUCCAGUAUGUGUUUGGAGCUGGCCUUGGAGGGCGAACGUCUGUGCAAGGCGGGCGACUGUCGUGCGGGCGUGGCCUUUUUUCAAGCAGCCAUCCAAGCGGGCACGGAGGACCUGCGCACCCUCUCCGCCAUCUACUCGCAGCUGGGCAACGCCUACUUCUACCUGGGCGACUACAACAAGGCGAUGCAGUACCACAAGCACGAUCUUACCCUGGCCAAGAGCAUGAAUGAUCGCCUCGGUGAGGCCAAGUCCUCGGGCAAUCUAGGAAACACCCUGAAAGUAAUGGGCCGUUUCGACGAGGCCGCCAUCUGCUGCGAACGCCACCUGACCCUGGCCCGCCAGCUCGGAGAUCGCCUGUCCGAGGGACGUGCCCUCUACAAUUUGGGCAAUGUCUACCAUGCCAAGGGAAAGCAUCUGGGCCAGCGUAAUCCGGGAAAGUUCGGCGACGACGUGAAAGAGGCCCUCACCCGAGCCGUGGAGUUCUAUCAGGAGAACUUGAAGCUAAUGCGCGAUCUCGGCGACCGUGGCGCACAAGGACGCGCUUGCGGCAAUCUGGGAAACACGUACUACCUUCUGGGCGAUUUCCAGGCCGCCAUCGAGCAUCACCAGGAAAGGCUUCGCAUCGCCCGGGAGUUCGGGGAUCGGGCUGCCGAGCGCAGGGCCAAUAGUAAUCUGGGAAACUCGCACAUCUUCCUGGGGCAGUUUGAGGAUGCAGCCGAGCACUACCGUCGCACCCUCGCUCUGGCCGUCGAGCUGGGCGAGCGCGAAGUGGAAGCCCAGAGUUGCUACAGCUUGGGCAACACCUACACGCUGCUGCACGAAUUCAACACGGCCAUAGAGUUCCAUAAUCGGCACCUGGCCAUUGCCCAGGAGCUCGGCGAUCGUAUUGGUGAGGCCCGGGCCUGUUGGUCGCUCGGCAAUGCCCACUCCGCCAUCGGCGGACAUGAGAAGGCCCUGCAGUAUGCGGAGCAGCAUCUGCAACUGGCCAAGGAGCUGCACGAUCCCGUCGGGGAGAGCACGGCCCGUGUAAACAUCUCGGAUCUGCGCAAGCUGCUUGGCCUGCCCGAACAGGAGCCCUCGCCCACCGAGGAGGAGGCUCGCUCCAGCGCCUCGGAUCACUCGGCCAGCGGCCACCAAUCGGAUGGAUCGGAGAACUCGCAAGGCAGAAUGGUGCGCGUUCGCCGCCAGAGCAUGGAGCAACUGGACCUGAUCAAGAUCACGCCGGACGGCAAGCGGCUGCAGGAGGACAAGCACCGGGCACCAGGUGGUGCAGCUACGAAAGCCAAAGAUGACGACUUCUUCGAGAUGCUCUCGCGGUCGCAGUCGAAGCGCAUGGAUGACCAGCGCUGCUCCAUCAAGAUCAAUCUGGCUGGAGCUCCGGCAGUGGCCACUGGGGCUACCCGCAAGCCGCUGGUGCAGCAGAACUCGCUGUUCGUGGACCCCACCAACCUGCCUGGUCUGAAGUCGCCCACGUCCGCAAACGCCGGAUCGAUUGCUCAUGCGCCGCUGGCCAGGAGCGCCACCACCACCCAGCAGCCCGACGACGCCUUUCUGGACAUGUUGAUGCGGUGCCAGGGAUCACGACUGGAGGAACAGCGCUCGGAACUACCGCGGCCUAAUGUCACAAUGGAUGCAGAGGCGGAGGCUCCACAGCCGCAGGCUCCAGAGGCAGCCGGGCAGGGGGCAGCACGCGGGCAGACAGGACGCGGAGCCACUGUGCCCGAUGAGGACUUCUUCUCGCUGAUCAUGAAGGUACAGAGCGGCCGCAUGGAGGAUCAGCGCGCGUCGAUUCCGUUCCGGAGUGCGAACAACAACAACAACAGCCGGAGCAACAACAACGGCACUGCUGGAGGCAAAUAAGAGGCGUCCGCAAGUCCAACAAGAACGAUCCUAUCAAUCCAUCCCUGGCCGCAGCUCUUGGUUUCUUUCACUGGCGGCUAAACAUUUUCUUUUAUAAGAUUUACACACACACACAUACAAUUUAUACACAAAGUAACUAAUUUAUGAAUAGCAACUAACCAAGUAACCAAAUAUUUGGGGCGCCACACACCGCCCCGCAACCGAAAAGAAAGAGAAACCGCCACUGGAUGCACUCACCCAUCCGGUGGUGACUCACUGGCGCACACUCAUCUCUCUUGGGGUGGUAGCCAUGAUAUUCGAAAGAUAUGCACACGGGUUUUACGAUAUUAGCGUUUUGAAUUGCAUGUGAAUCUAGGGCUUAAGCUGAACGUAUACUAAUCCAAUUUGCUCAAUAGAUGGAACCAAGUCUUCUCUACGAUCAACGAUCUUACACGCAUUCAUUCAGAUAUUCUAAUCGGCAUUCAGAUAAACUUUAAGCCUUAAGUCUAACGAACCACUUUACAUAAAUAUACAUAUAUCUAUAAGCAAUGCUUUUCCAAAAUCAAAAACGAUGCAAAUCUACAACAAAAAUGAUUCCAAUUGUAUCCAUGAGUAUUGCAUUUUUUUAUCUACCUAUCGAUGACUCUAAAAACUUAAUUUAAGAAACUUUACUAUUUUUUUUAGAUAUUAACAGAAAAACACACAAAGAAGAGCUGCUCGGCAUUCCGUUUGUGGAGCCGGCGCUUGUGUUGGCACGUAGCAUUACGAUUCAAAAGAUACGUACACAUAUAUACAAGAUACAUAUGAACAAUAUAUAGUUAUGCCAAUCCGCAUUGUUCUAUACACACUCUAUACAAGAAACAGAAAUCCCAAAAAAACGAGUUCGAGUUGCAUGAAAUGAAGCCAAAAUUGAUAAAUGUUAUACUUUUAUGAAUGUACGCCCAAGGUGCGCCCAAUUAAAUGAUUAAGAUCGAGGUCAUUACGAUACAGAGCUCUAUAAAUCAUACAUUCAUACAGGCGGACGAAUAUGUCGUGUAUUAUUAAAAAUUAAAAUUAAAAACCAAAAAAAAAAAAUUUACUGACAAA